AUGAGCUCUGGAAAGCCUCCAGAACAGUUCUGGCAGUACAACUGCAAAAAUUACUUCGACAACCAUGCCCCUUGCUAUAAUUACAAUUAUGUCGAGAACAGAUACUGUCAAGAGUGCACGGUUUCGGGUCGCAAGAUAAACGGGACUGAGAAACGCAAACAAAAGCAAUCGCCGAGGAAAUAA